UCCUGAACCUUUACCUACAGCUACCGCUUGCCUAUAGUAUAUUUUGUUCAUAGUUAUACAAAAACAAAACACGAUUUUUUCGAUAUUGGUAUUCAUUCAACAUGGAAUAUUUUCCUUAUUUUCUAUAAUUAGAAGUUGUCAUGCGCAGAGGUUAAAGCAAACACGUGCGUUAAUGCUGCUUUUCUGUUAGUCAAUUUAAGGAUAUUCUAGUAUGUGGAUGGACGCUUUUUUGUGACUCAAACAUUCUUAAGUGUAUAAAGUAUCAUAUUAAAACAAAACUUCCUUAAUACAAGUGAUUUCCCGGACACAUGGAUCAGAAACCCGAAAAUGGAGCUCUCGUCUGGGACGAGAAGUCCGACGAGGAUCGCGAGCAUGACAGAGAAGAGAGUCUCGAGACCAGCACGAGCACCGGAAGUGAGGAAAGCCUUGAGCGUGGGACGUGGGGUCAUCCGUUCGAGUUUAUUCUUGCCAUUGUCGGAUACAGCGUAGCGUUCGGGAACCUAAUGCGGUUUCCAUAUCUGUGCAUGAGAAACGGUGGUGGGGCGUUCCUGAUUCCGUUCUUCCUGUUCCUGAUAUCAUGCGCGUUCCCGCUCUACUACCUUGAGGUGUGUCUCGGUCAGUUCUCCGGAAGUUCCCCCCUCUUCGUCUGGAGGCUUGCGCCACUCCUCAGAGGAAUCGGCUUGUUGAUGAUCCUGAUUUCCGGGAUAGUGUCCUGGUACUAUAAUGCCAUCCUCGCCUGGGUGCUGUACUACCUCUUUAACUCCUUCCGGUCCACGCUCCCCUGGUCCACGUGCGACAAUCCGUGGAACACGCCCGCCUGCCGCCCCUCGGACCCCGACGCACUCCGGAAGUUGGAGGAGCAAGCGAGCAUGUUGUUAAGCUUGAGCGGUCUUCAGAACGGAACUGCUCUUAAUACAACAUUAACUUCCGGUUAUAACGGAUCAUUAACUUCCGGUUAUAACGGAACAAGCCUUCUGGCGCUCGGCAACGAGAGUGUUUCACGUAACAUCAGCUCUGCAAAGGAAUUCUGGCAGAACAAUGUGCUGGUGAUGUCGUCCGGUAUCGAGGAGACGGGCAGCGUCCAGUGGCACCUCGUCCUCUCCCUGUUCGGCGCUUGGUUCCUCGUAUUCUUGUGCCUCAUCAAGGGCAUCAAAUCCGUUGGCAAGGUUGUUUACGUGACGGCCCUGCUACCAUACGUGUUACUGCUCGUGUUCCUCGUGCGCGGCCUCACACUUCCGGGCGCCUUCCUCGGAAUCCGCUACUUCGUCACCCCAGAUUUCGAAAGACUUAAAGACUCCCAGGUGUGGUUGGAAGCAGCCGUGCAGGUUUUUUAUUCACUGGGGCCGACCUGGGGCGGAGUGAUCACCAUGGCCAGCUUCAACAAGUUUACAAACAAUGGCCUGAGGGACUCCAUUAUCGCGUGUCUGGCGGACGGGUUAACAAGCUUUUUUGCGGGCUUUGUGGUUUUCUCCGUGAUUGGUUACAUGGCGCAUACUUCCGGUCAACCGAUUGAUGAGGUCGCAACUGCCGGUCCUGGUAUGAUGUUUAUCGCCUACCCGGAGGCCAUAUCCCAAAUGCCCCUCCCCCAACUCUGGGCUGUGCUCUUCUUUAUCAUGAUGAUCACGGUCGGGCUUGAUACGCAGUUCGGUAUGUUCGAAACCCUGGCCAGCGGUAUCGUUGACGCGUUCCCAAGGACGCUAAGGAAGAGGAAAACUCUGGUGACAGCGGCUCUAUGCACGGUCAUGUUCCUUCUUGGACUCGUCUUUACAACGAGGUCGGGUAUCUACAUAUAUAACCUGGUAGACUGGUACAGCAGCGGCUACUGUAUGUGCCUGGGGGCGGCGCUAGAACUGCUGGCUGUCGGCUGGUACUAUGGUGCUGACCGGUUCAGCGAAGACAUGAGGCUUAUGUUUGGAUACGGAGCGCCGGUCCUGCUGCGGGUCUGCUGGUGUAUCGUGGCGCCGCUCGUUCUCCUAGUCGUCUUCCUCAUGAUCGCCGUCGGCUACAAGGAAGUUACGUACGAGCACUAUCGUUACCCGGCGUAUGCCGUCGCCAUAGGGAACCUGCUGGCCGUGGUUCCCGUCAUGCCUAUUCCAAUUUGCUUCGUGUACGGAUGGGUGACGGUGAAAGGGUCAUUGUCGCAGAGAUUCGCUCAGCUCAUGAAGCCAUUGGGCUGGCGUCCUAGUGACCGGAAAUUAUGGGAGUCGUACGAGCAGCGAGAGGUCCUGCCGUCCGAAGGACCAUUAGACUACGCGCGCACAUGUCUGGUUGGGCGGCGGCGGACGGACUACCAGCUGACGGCCGUUGAGUUCCGACAUUGACCCUGGCCUAUCGCUUAGAACUUGAAACAAAAUAUCAUCCACUCACCGUGUUGUCAUUUUAAGAUUUUGUCAUUCUAACAUUGAAACGUAUUGCUUGUGCAUAAGACCAUCCUUGAAUAAUAAUUGAUUGUUUGUGAAUGAUUGUGACAAUAACUUAAUUGCUAGAUUUUCAUCACCGCCCGCCCCCUCUUUUAUCCACCGCCCCUGAAUUGUAUUGACUCAAAUAAAAAUGUUGAACUGACGUCUAUAUAUGCGUAUUGGUCCGGUACUGUCGGGGAAAGGCGUGUAUUCUUACCAAAGGUGUCGAUGUGUUAUGAUCGUGUUCGUGUUUAAUCUAAAAACACAUUUUCCAACGCUGAAACAGUGAUCUACAAAAUAAAUUUCACUCCCGCCAACAUUUAAAAAGUUUAGAUAUAGAAAUUAAUUGAUAUAGGCCUAACCUGUCGGUGCGAUAUACGAACGUUGACGUAUAUCGUUGGCAGCAAGGAUGGUCUUUGAUGUAUAUCUAAAUCGGAACUCCUCGGCCAUUUUCCAUCGAAAACAACCUCGGAUGUAUGUCGGUACAUCAGUAGAAGUAGUUCGUAAAAUUAAUUAUAAUAAUAACAUUAAUUUAAUGUAGUGUUUUAAAUAUAUAUCCCGUAUUUCUAAGUUCGAAAGGAUUCCCAGUAAAGUGUUUCAUUGCAUAAAUAAUUGAUAUUCCUAAGUGUUAUGUCCUUAGGUUUAACUGCUAGAUUGAAGUUGCUACGCGAUCUACUUGCAGCUUAGUUAAAUCUAAAAAAAAUCUGACAAUGUAAAGCGCUGAGGUUUUAUUUUCGAUGGAAAAUGGCCGAGGAGUUCCGAUGUAUGUAUACUUUUGUUAAUAGAACAUGUGACAUAAAUACAUUCUUAACUUGGUGAUAUCACUUCAUGAUAUUCAAACACUCAGUAUUAAUCAACUUAGAUGAGUUGAGUUGAGUUCAUUAAAGUUGGUGAGUUGAAUUCAUUAAAGUUGGUAAAAAUAAGAAUAAGAAUACGAAUAAGAAUUGGAUAAAUAUUGACCAACAAAUAAACAUUUGGCUUACUUUAAUCAAUUUACUUACAAGUUUUAAACAAUUAGCUGCUACUGUUCUUAGAAUGAGUUCAGUUAGAUUAGCUUCGCCUGAUGGUUUUUGUCAAAAUUCAACGAAAUGUGUUUUAUUUUGAUUGCAAUCAGUUACCGAGCAUAACUAUUGGUUAAGCUUGGAAUAAGUGUACGUGUAGAAAUACAGAUUGUUGAAACGUCAGACUUGUCAUUUAAAACACCAUUUAGCAUAUCAACCAUUCAUUCGUUAAUAAAAUGUCCAACUGUAUCAUAUUUAUCAUUUUUUGUCAUGACACUUGGAGCAUGUGUAAACAGGCUAUGAAUGAAUCAGCUGAUAUAUCUAACGUUAUGAGUGAAUCAGCUGAUAUAUCUAACUUUAUGAGUGAAUCAGCUGAUAUAUCUAACGUUAUGAGUGAAUCAGCUGAUAUAUCUAACGUUAUGAGUGAAUCAGCUGAUAUAUCUAACGUUAUGAAUGAAUCAGCUGAUAUAUCUAACGGUUAGAUUGAAUCCGCUGAUAUAUUCAACGUUAUGAAUGAAUCAGCUGAUAUAUCUAACCGUUAGAUUAAACCCGCUGAUAUAUUCAACGUUAUGAGUGAAUCAGCAGAUAUAUCUAACGGUUAGAUUGAAUCCGCUGAUAUAUUCAACGUUAUGAGUGAAUCAGCAGAUAUAUCUAACGUUAUGAAUGAAACAGCUGAUAUAUCUAGCGUUAUGAUAUGAGUAUCCUUCAAAUAUCUUGCACUUACAAUACCAUCUGCACCUUUAUAAUAAUGUUGUUGUUCAUUAGCUUGAAGAAUUAUAAAUGCAAUCAUUUCUUAGUAUACUUUGACCCGAUUGUUCUGAACUUUGUUAAAGUUAACAAUGUAAUAAACGACAUCUUUUUUUACUUUUAAAAGCAAAAAUUUGAUGAUGCGCAAAUAUUUUUUAAUACAACAAGUUAAAACAGAUAUCUCAAAUACUGCUAGGAAUACUGUGGAUCAUAAUAGUUUCUGUGAAACUUCCAGAUUAAUGCAGAUUUAAAAGUUAACAAUGAUGACGUUAACAACGUUGUUAACUUUUAGUUCCGAACAAUCGGCCCUCAAAGUCCACGCGUUUCAUUUCAUACUUACGAAGUGAAUGUUCCAAUAAAUGCCAUAAUUUCACUCUUAUAUAACAUCAUUAUAGAAGUCAUUUAAAUUAAAGUAGCAUCACAUAUUUUAAAUGUUUGUCUUUAUUGUCAAAUCAAAAAUAAUAACUUAUUGUUGUUGUUUUUUCAAUUGUGAAAUAAGAAGCAGUAAUUAAAAAAAUAAAAAUGUUAUAA